AUGUCUGGUCGAUCGCAGGAUUGUGUUCGGACGCCCGCUGCUCUAGCGCAAAGUGGGCUCAUGUGCUGCGAGUUGACAUACACUCCUCUUCUCAAGGGCGCGACAGAGCUGCAGAGUGUUUUACCGGAUCCAGAUGCGACAUUCUGUCCAGACCGUAUGAAGUGGAUUGCAUGCAAACGCAGUGAAGACCCGCUUCAUACCCCCGCUUGCUGGUCCGACAUGGCAACAGAUAUUAUCGACCAAGGCCCUAUCUGGUAUACGGAAUGGCGCGAUCCAUGGCUGUUGCACAAAAACAUUAAGGACCUUGCUGAUCGUGUGGUAUGGAAGACACGAGAAUAUGAUGCUGCUCUGCCCAUGGAGCUGUGGACAGCAUUCAAAACAUCUCGGGAGCGAGCGCCUGCUCCUGGUCACACGCCCGAUUCAGAAUUGGCGCGUGCUCUGAGUUUACUUGUGCGAAUCCUGGGUAAUGCACUCCACGGAGAGAAGCGGCCUGUCCCCUUAGACUCCAAGACCUUUGCACAAUCAUUAGGUUGGGAUCCCUCUCUCAAGGCCAUCAUGGAUCACCUAGGAUGGCAUCUGGCGCCAUUAGAUGAGGACAUGCAUCGCUCAGCCUUGCAUCCACCUAGCGAUACAGCCUCUUGUUGGCCAGUAUAUGUGGAACUUGCGACAUGGUGUGCUCAUCUAAAUGGCACGCCCGCAGCUCCUGAGGGUAUGACUUGGCAGAUCCAGCCUUUCAUAUCGCCUCUCGUUCCUUCUAACGUGGCUAGACCUGAUGAACGGAUUCAUUUUGCUAGUGCACGUCUUGGUGUUUCAACUGAGGAAUCAGCCAAACGUAUAUGUGACAUGUAUCGACUUAAUAGCUCGUGUUUUCCUAGUCGACACCAAGAGCUGUUUCUCGCGCUCGAAUACGUGGAAGACGUCCGGCAUUUGGGUGAGCCAAUCACCACACUUAUGGUGAUGGAGCAAAGCCAAGGCAUGUGCACGUACAAAGAUGUGCGUGCAAGCUACGAACGACUGGGAAUUCCGACACCUGUUGUUGCGCCUGGAUGUGUUUCUCUUUGGGAUGAAAUGCCACCGCCACCACCUAUGGCACCCGAUGAAGCCUUGAGAGCCUAUAACCGCGCUGUUCAUGAGGCACUUUUGCAUGGCACUGACGAGGAACUGCGUAGUGCACGCCGUGCGCUACGCGUCCUUGCUCGAUAUCAUUCACCUGCGCCUGAACUUGACGAACGAGAGCGCGCAAACCCAGUCCAAGAUCCGCAAGAUGCAUAUGAGCUACUUCAGACUAGCCCCGAUAUUGAUGAUGGACUCGUCUUGAUGGGAUACGAGGUUUAUGUAAAUGAGGCAAAAUCACGCGCAGAGCUGCUGCGCAUGGCACUUGAAGCGAUUGCAGAUGCUCGCCAAAGCGAUUACUUGCAUCGUUUCUUGCGGGGUGAACAAGAGUCUGGAUCGCCAGUUAGUCUACCGCGCGGCCUGUAUAAUAUUGGAAACACGUGCUAUCUGAACUCUUUGCUCCAGUAUUUGGACUGGAUCCGUCCUGUUCGCGAAGCAGUAAGAAUGGCUUGCGAGUCCGCAAGUCGAAAUAUCGCUAGUGCGCAGCAGGAACGCGCUCUUACAUUUGCGCAGCUAUUAGACGCGUUGUUCUCGACUAUGGCAUCAUCGAACGAGCCCGCAUUAUUCCCGAGUAAAGAGCUUGCAUAUUUGGCCCUCGUUCCACUAGUGUGGGAACAAGCGUACGAUUGCACCAAAGAUGAGCUCAUGAGACAAGUCACAACACAACAAGACGUAUGUGAGUGUCUUGAUAAUAUCGUCUCAUUGCUCGACACUGCAUGUGCAUCUGAAGCAACGCAAGCUCCUGUACGUCGGCUGUUUUCAGGUGCUUCACUUCAAAAACUUGACCCUGCGCCAAAGGAUAGCAGCGGUACGGAUGGCACUAAGCAGACAUUCACGAGCAUUCCAGUUACAAUUUUACCGGGGACACGAGAUGUGUAUGAUGCUCUUGACACAUUUUUCAAUGAAGAGUUUGUAUUUUUAGGCAACGAUGCGAAAGUUCGGCGAGAGAUCACACUCCAAGAAGCUCCAAUACUCUUGCAAAUACAUGUACAACGAGUGCAGUAUGACCGCACAGCACAAAGGAUCGUGAAGAACCAAGCUGCACUAGAUCUUCCCGACACUAUAUUUCUUGAUCGAUACAUGGACUUGUCUUUAUCAAAGUCCGAGCGUCGGCCCACACUCACAUUGCUUCACACCCGCUCUCAGGAACUACGACGUGAAAAGACGAAAUGCACAGAUCGCAUCCAGCUGCUCGAAGACGAACAUCUGACUGGAUUGGAGCGUGCCGCCAAUGCACUCGACUCGCUUCAAAAUACCACGCUGGAUGACGAUGAGUUGCAUUUAUUGUUGCAGGAGCAUUCGCCUGAAGAGCUCAUGAGAGAAGCGUCUCAUAUGCGUGCUGAAGUGCAUCAGCUACGGAUGCAAGCAGACACAUUGCGAACAGAGCUUCAAGGUGUUUGGGCAGACGAACGCCAUGUACCAUAUCAACUUGCGAGCGUGUGCAUGCAUCGAGGUGAAGCUACACACGGACAUUACUUUGUUAACCAACGUGAUUUUGCAAAGAAUGAAUGGAUCUCAUUCAAUGAUACGAAUGUUUCUACUAUCACAGGGAAUGAAUGUCGAGAGAGUACGUCAUCGUUAUAA